UUGUGCUAGGCCCGUACCGGCGUAUAAGCGAGCAAAGAAGUAGUUGAACACGAGAAUUAGUACGUUCUCACAGUUAGUGCUCAGCGUAUACAGACCCAACAUUAAUCUCUUUCCUCCCUUCGCUUUCGAGUCUGCAUUCUCAGUGUCAGACGGGACGCAAGGAGGCACGCUUUAACGUACUAAAUAUUCCCCGGUGCAAUUUGUAUCCCGCGCUCGUAGAAAUUAAAAGAAGAACUUUUUACCAGUUGAAUAGAACCGCCAAAGUGUUGAUAGUAGCUGAAUAAUGGAGAUUUGUAACGAGGAGAAUCGACUGUACAACGUACCAGGUGAAAAAUUAUCGUGCCUCGUUGAGAACACGAACGAGAAACUUGGACGAGAAAAAGUUUUCACCCUCCGGGAACUUAUAGAUGCACUACAUGAGGUUUUUCAAAAGGAUCACGUAAAUAUCGAUUACGUUCAGGACCUGAUGACGAGCUAUAAGAGCAAUCCUGUGGAAUGGAAGAAGUUCGCCAAGUUCGAUAGAUAUAGAUAUACAAGAAAUCUAGUUGAUGAAGGAAACGGUAGGUUCAACCUUAUGGUCUUGUGUUGGGGGGAAGGUCAUGGAUCAGCCAUACAUGAUCACGCCAAUGCGCAUUGCGUCAUGAAAGUCCUGCAAGGAAAACUAUGCGAGACUAGAUACGCAUGGCCCGAUAAUUUUCAAAUGGAAGAAAAUGUGAAAGAGCUCAAAGAACUGGAAAGGAAUACGCUUGAUACAAAUGAGAUAUGUUAUAUCAAUGAUACGUUAGGUUUGCAUCGUGUCGAAAAUCCAAGUGCGAUAAAUCCUGCAGUCUCCCUACAUUUAUAUUCGCCACCAUUCUCAACAUGCUCGGUUUUCAACAAGCAAACUGGACAAAGGUCUACGUGUAACGUCACGUUCUGGUCCAAAUAUGGAGAACGAAGAAAUCGGGAAAUUCAAGAUGCCAGAUCUCCAGAGGAUAACUAAUCUAAAUAAGAAUACAGAAAUAUUAUCAACAAUAUGCCAAUUGAAUGCUCUAGUGAUAUCGUAAUUAAAUGCAGAAAUGAUUUGUAUUGUCCGAUAAUGAAACUUGCCAGCUAUAUAUACAAUUUGUGUAUAAAUUAAAAUAAAUAUUAACUGUAACAAUACAUUUAUAUAUCAUAUUUUCAUCACGUAAUCAUUUUCAAGUACUUAAAACUACUUGUAAGAAUAUGUAGAUAUUUUUAAAUAAAAAUGGCUUUUCUUCAUA